CGGUGCGCUCUUCGGGUGAUGCACAUGUGGUCUUGCGUCUCUCCAGAGGAGAGGAAUUGGGCAGUCCACGAGGGCAUCCACACGAAGAAGCGCAACCGGUUGGCCUUCGAGAAGGUCGUGCAACUCGUUUGUUGUGGAGUAUCGACGGGUUGGAUGUGGUUAUGUGUUGCCAUGACAGCGGGACGAGGGCAUGCUCGAUUGCGGUUAUGUGUUGCCAUGGCAGCGGGACGAGGGCAUGCUCGAUUGCCAGGUACGACUCGAGGUGGAGCUUGUGCGCACGGGCAUGCGCAGAGGGAUGACGAAGGAGGAGAUUGCCCGUCAGGCUGCGCUUAUUACCCGGGAUCCCAUCGAGGCCUCCACACCGCCCUCUGCUGAUGCCGUAUUCGGUAGACGUACUUGCAUUUUUCAUCCCCACACCAGGGAGGAUGACUCGGAUGAGGAGUUGAUACCUGAGGCGGCAGAUGACCCUGCCCUCCUCAUUCCCCGUGAGAUCGAUGAGACGCACGACGAUCCCGGCGACGAGGAGACGAGGGCACACACAGCACGACAGGCGGUGAAGCGGGCGGACAGGGAGAUGCUGGUGGGAGAGGAGGAGUUUUGGGGCCCUUUCGGGGAGGUCGUUUCCACGGGCGAUGUGUGCGCUGACAGAGGUAGGGGCUCGCAUGCAGGCACGAGCAGCAGAGAGAGGCGGGGCGGUUCGCCAGUUGAGGUUACGAUCACCUUCCCCGGAGAUCUUGCAGGAGGAGGGGCCACCGUCGGCAACACCAGUGGAGGGGGAGAUGACACCAGCGGCGAUGGCGGACGUGACGGUCACAGCCGCGGUGGACGAGAUAGCAGCAGCAGCAACAACAACAGUGUUGGAGGAGGUGGCAGCAACAGUGGUGGAGGAGGUGGCACCAGCGGCGGCAGUGGAGGGGAUAGCAGUUGUCGUCAUCGAGGAACAGCAGGAGGAGCAGCAGCAGUGGAGGGGGAGGUGGCAACAGCAAUGCAGGAGGAGGAGGCACUGUCAGCAGUUGCGGUGGAGGGGGAGGUGGCAGGACCAGUGGAGGAGGAGAUAACCGCAGCGGCGGAGGUACCGCAUAGGGGCGGUGACAAGCGCCUCAUGCAGCAAUUCCUCAUGGAGGAGCUCGAUCCGGUCAUAGCGGGUAUGACCCUGGGUGUGGCGAGGGGGUUGGGGAUAUCGGAUUCGGAGAUGGGGACCCACAUCGACUUUGAUUUGUCGACGGGCCUUCCACCUAGUUGCGGCGGGGCGACAUCGACGGAUCGGGCUCCAUCGAGGGACGAGGCGGCAGGCGAGACUUUGACGCAGACCCCGAGAGAGAGGACGACGACUGAGUCUCCAGAUGCAGCACGCGACAUCAUAGGGCGAGAGAGGGCUCGACUGAUGACAUCCAACGACCCGCGUGCGCAGGCGCUCGCACGGGCCUUAGAGGAGCGCAAGAGUCGAGGGACGGGGAGAGAUGUUGUUGGGCGCGAUGUGGGCGACACGGCGUUGUACGGGAGGACGGACAUAGAUUUGGAUUCCACUCGCCCUGUCACUGAGCACACUGCUCGCCUUCAGUCGGGGUUGGGUCACCGUGGCGCCAGGACGCCAGCAGCAAGGGAGGUAGCAGCAGCACCUUGUGAGCCUCAUCGAGGUCGAGGCAUAGGACUGUCCAACUCGGCCUUGGACCAGGCUUUGAGAGCAGUGACGCGUGUUGUGCAUGAGCAAACUCCACGCAAGCGUGGAGUGACUCCUCGUCCACGCCCGCUGCCUGCACAGGGAGGCGCUGCACUAGGAGAGUCUUCGAGGGCGGAGGGGUUGGGGAUGCCUCGCGGAUCCCGCCGGCUGCAGACGGUCGGAAAGGCUAGUGCGAGGGUUGUUGUGUUGAGGAAGGGAGGCGACCCUGUCACCGUGGAGGAGGGUGAUCCUAAGACGGGACCGCCCGCACAUGCAGUGCGGGAGGACGAUGAGGACUAUGAGGGUGAGGAGGAGGGUGAGGAGGAGGAGAGUGAGUCUCACGACAGUGUUACCGACGAUGACAACGAGGAUGAGUCCCCCCCCCCCCCACCGACGCGUGCUUUGAGACGUUCUUCUGCGCCGACAUCAUCAUCUGCAGGACGGAGGGGGAGGUCGACAUCCGACACUCGGGGGGGUACGAGGAGUCGAAGGAGGCGUAGCGAGAAGGGGAAGAGACGGGCCCGCUCCGGUGUGUAUCACUACCUUGUUGUCGACCAGAAGGUGGACAACAAGGGGGUGAUGAUGCUCUGUUGCACGUUUUGGAACAAAGUUUUCCAAAGGACUCAGUUUCAGGCCACGAGGCACUUCAUCCAGACGAACUACUGCAAGGACAUCAGCGACGAGGCGUUGUACGAGAUCGCGCGACGGGCUCAACAAAAGUUCGAGUCCGAUCAGAUGGAGAGGGUUGCGAGGUAUGCAGCGGAGCGCGGACUCAAUGUGCUCGACACGAGCGCUGCAAGGGGAGGAGAGGCGGGGCGGCGUCCUGUGGAGGGAGGGGUCGGGGGAGAUGGUGGGCAUGAUGCGCCCGACCACCCAUUGGGGGUUGGAGGCGGUGACACGAAGGAGGGUGUGAUCCACGUCGAUCGCGAGGCGCGUGGCCCGGGCGAGGAGGGAGUCCCGGGACACAAGGACGUGCUCGGGCCAGAUUUUUAUCCAGGCACUGGGCAGAGGAUGGAGGACUGGCUGAGGCGAGCAGGCAAGGGAUCUGCAACGGAGGGUUCUUCAAAGAGGAAGGAAGGAGGAACUGAUUCAGCUGCCACCCGAGCUGGAAAGAGGCUUCGCGAGCAUAAGGUGCUUGAGGUCUACGGUGGCGAGUGGGUUGCUCGCCACAAGAAGACCUUCCUUCGCUGGCUCUAUUCCAGCGGGGUCUCCUUCAAUGCCUUUCGCAACCAGGCAUGGAAGGCAUAUCAACAGGUGCUUCUUGAGCAGCCUGGCAGUUCCCCGCGCACUAUGCUCCCCAACCACAGUGAGAUUGCAAGUAUGCGGGCGAUGGAGACCCACCGUGCCGAGUUGGCGGAGGAGUUGGAGGAGUCUUGCGCUUCUCUAGUGGAGAGGAACUGGGAUGUCCAUGAGGGCAUCCACACGAAGAAGCGCAACCAGUUGGCCUUCAAGAAGGUCGUGCAACUCGUUGAUUUCACCACAAAUGUGCGGUUGGCGGAGUAUCGGCGGGCUGGAUGUGGUUAUGUGCUGCCAUGGCAGCGGGACGAGGGCAUGCUCAAUUGCCAGGCAGGACUCGAGGUGGAGCCUGUGCGCACGGGCACUGGCAGGGGGAUGACGGAGGAGGAGAUUGCCCGUCAGGUUGCGCUUAUUACCUGGGAUCCCAUCGGGGCUUCCGCACCGCCCUCUGCAGAUGCCGUACUCGGCACGAGCAGCACAGAGGCGCGGGUGACGACCCCCACUCCGACGGAGCGAGAGUCGUCCAUGCUGCCACCUUCUGCUCCGAGUCCUACACCACCAUCGCCCGUCUCGCCACUUCAGCCGUAUAUGGCAGCAACAGACACGGAGGAGUUGGCGUCCUCCUUGCCUCAGCACGUACUUCUCCGUAGAGGCGGGGCGGUCCUCCAGCCGAGGUUACGAUCACCUUCCCCGGAGAUCUUGCACGAGGAGGGGCCACCGUCGGCAACACCAGUGGAGGGGGAGAUGGCGCCAGCAGCGGUGGCGGACGCAACGGUCGCAGCCGUGGUGGACGAGAUAGCAGCAACAGCAGCAGCAGCAGUGUUGGAGGAGGUGGCGGCAGCAGUGGUGGAGGAGGAGGCACCAACGGCGACAGUGGAGGGGAUAACAGCUGUCGUCAUCGAGGAGAUAGCAGCAGCACGAGGAGCAGCAACCAUGGAGGGGGAGGUGGCAGCAGAAGUGGAGGAGGAGGAGACACCGUCAGCAACAGCAGUGGAGGGGGAGGUGGUCGUACCAGUGCAGGAGGAGAUAGCCGCAGCGGCGGAGGUACCGCAUGGACGCGGUGACGAGCGCCUCAUGCAGCACUUGCUCACGGAGGAGCUCGAUCCGGUCAUAGCGGGUAUGACCCCGGGUGUGGCGAGGGGGUUGGGGAUAUCGGAUUCGGAGAUGGGGACCCACAUCGACUUUGAUUUGUCGAUGGGUCUUCCACCUAGUUGCGGAGCGGCGACAUCGACAGAUCGGGCUCUAUUGAGGGACGAGGUGGCAGGCGAGACUUCGACACAGACCCCGAGAGAGAGGACGACGACAAAGUCUCCAGAUGCAACACGCGACAUCAUGGAGCGAGAGAGGGCUCGGCUGAUGGCAUCCAGCAACCCGCGUGCACAGGCGUUCGCACGGGCCUUAGAGGAGCGCAGGAGUCGACAGACGGGGAGAGAUGGUGGGCAGGGUGGGGCAGUGGUGGGGGAGGAUGCUAGGUAGGUCGUAGCAGCAUAGGCGGAGGAGGGUAUGGAGGGUGGGCGACAGGCAGUGCAUGAGGCCACGG